UACGCUCCGAUCGACGUCACCCUGCGUCACUGGGACAGAGCAUCACUCAUCGUGAAUCGACACUACAAACUGAAUCUACCAUAUCUCGAGCUCGCCAUGAAGAAUUAAACAUCUCCGUCAACUCUUUCAGUCCUUCACAUUACCGCCUAACAUGACUUCCUCCGGCCCCUCAGGUUCAGUGCCUGACCAACGCCGCCACUACCCGAUAGUCGAAGCCUCCAAAAUCGCCGCAAGGCCCACGCCAGAUGCCGACCCACGCACCUUCGAGCUCUCACAGCUCCAGCGCCGCUUCAACCUCUCCUCCACUUCAGGGACAACCUUUACCCUCUCGCUUAAGCCCUCGGAUCCCGAUUUCGUCUACUCAAUCAACGUCCUAAAACUUCGCUUGAUCGUCCCCGCCUCCUACCGCGAACCGUCACUCCCGAAUCCCCCUCUUCCGAGUAUCGAAGUUCUAAACCCCGAGAUUCCGCUAGGCUACCGCGUAAAUGUCGAGCGGGGAUUUACCGAGCUGGCGGAGAGGAGACGCACGGCGACACUGCUGCAGCUCAUGAAUGCGCUCGAUCGAGGCCUCGAAGCCAUGCUCUCCGAAGAGAAGGCGGUGACGUUGAAGAUUGUUCCGAAUUUUUCGCCGGCAGUUACACCCCCGCCAUCAUCUCCUCAGACACCGCGGCCUCCACUGGUGGAAAAGAAAGCUGAGGUGGAUGUGAGAAAACAAAUACCCUCGCCGGUCAGUGCCGAGCGCCGCGCAGCAGCAAAAGCGAGGCGUGACACGGAAACGCGACAGCUCGAAGCGCGACUAAAGCUCUCCGAUGUAUUCUCCAAGUCUGCGGAUGGGAUCGAGUACAUCGUUCCACUUGAGUCGCGGCGGAAGGACUUACUCCCCGUACCGCUGCUUCCGAUACGGAGCGUACGGCUUGUUGUGCCUAUGGGAUACGAUCUUCAACCAGCGAGGAUCGAACUCGUUGGCGUGCCCGACGGGAUUAAAGAGAGAAUCCAGAACUGCUUUACCGAGUUUGUCGAGGAGAAUAUGAAUGUGAGCUUGACCGCGGCGGUGAAUAUUUUGGCUGUCAGGCUGCACAUUUGGGCCGCAGAGAAGAAAGAGAAAGUUCCGGCGAGAAAGAAACUAGAGAAAGAGGCAGAGGAAGUGGCCACAAGAGAAGCAGAGGCCAAAGCAGAGGCCGAAGCAGAGGCCACAACAGAGGAAGAGGGGCUACCGACCGCACCUAAAGACCCCCUGACUAAAACCCAUAUCAAAGUGAUCCCUCGCCCACCAGAGUGGUCAUUCCCCGACGGCGGGGACGAUGACGAGGACUCCGACGACUACUCGGACUUGAAAGACUCAUCCGGCGAUGAGCAUGCGGCUGAGGACCACACCGCCGCAACUGCGGAUGAUGUUCCACAUGCUGCUCAAGAACGUGGCACUUCAUUGUCAUGUCCUGGGAUCCAGAUGUCCGGUGUGGAGCUGCUUGAGGUGCUGAAGUUGAAUGUCAACAUCAAAUGUACUAAGUGCAAGCAGGAACGGGAGACGUUGAAUCUGCUAGGAACACCCCCGGGAAUGGUGGGGAAGCCCCAAGCGUUCAGGUGUGAGAAAUGUUCGGAGAUCAUGGGAAUUGGUUUCCGGAAGGAUUUCAUCCACCAGAAUUCGCACCGCCUUGGUUUCUUCGACCUGGACGGCUGCACCGUCGCCGAGAUUCUCCCCAGCUCCUUCACCCCACAAUGUAUCUGUUCGACGCCGUUGCCAGCGCCCGGAAUGAAGGACAUCGUGCGUGGGCAGAGCGUUUCGGCCAACUGUCGAGAAUGCUACCGGAAAAUGAGCCUCUAUAUUCCCGAAUUCAAGCUCCUGAGGAUUACGCAGAACGAUAAACUCGGCCUCCAACAAAUCCCCCUCAAGGCCAAAACCGACAAAGCGCGAUAUAUAGCCGGCACCGAGCUUCCUCACAAAGGCCGGUGCAAGCACUACCGCAAGAGCACACGCUGGUUCCGGUUCUCGUGCUGCAGCAAGGUCUUUCCAUGCGACAAAUGCCACGACGAAGCAGAAAAGCACAAAUCCGAACAUGCCAACCGAAUGAUCUGCGGUCUCUGCUCGAGGGAACAGAAUUACCGUCCAGAUGAAUGUAGAUUCUGCGGGAAUGCCUUCCUUUCGAAGAAGUUGUCACAUUACUGGGAGGGAGGGAAGGGGACGAGGGAUAAACGGUUGAUGAGUCGCAAUGACCCACGGAAAUACAAACGUCUGGGCAAAAAGCCUGAGGAGUAGAUAGUCAUCCGUAGCAAUCGAUCCUGAUUCCCUAUCCCCACAGUUUUCCUAUAACCUUCCAUGCAAUACUAUUGUAUGCAUCCGUCAGUGGUCCAUCUCUGGCCACAACCGUAGGCUUUCCCCGAUCUGCAUCUUCACAGAUGCUCGCAUCCAAC